CACAGGUAGUAUGCCGAAUAUAUUUCGCUGAAGAAAAGCUUGGCAAAGCUUGGCAGGAAAAGCGAAGAAAAGUGUGUGUUUUCAUAAUUUCAUAUUUAUAUUAAUAUAUUUUGUAUUGGAUAAGUGAAUCCGAAUCCCGCCAAAGGCUUAUUUGAUCUCAGGUAUGAAAUAAAAUAUGAAAAUAUACUGAAAAUAUAUGCAUUAUUCUUCUCGUCUUCUUGCAAUGCAUAUGCCUUAUAGUUGCGCCGAGUUUACAACACAUCGCUUCCAUUUAGUUAAAUUUGUUAAAUAGUCCAAAAUCGUUUUACAAUCAAAACGAGUUUUCUCUUGGACCUCUUGCACACCUUGAUAUAAAUUGUCAAAUAUUUGGCUUGAUCAAUUAUGUUAAUCUGACAGCAUAUUCCCUAAAGGCUUCAUUUUUUUCCCAAGUGAAUACGAAUUCAUAUUGUGUGAGUGGAAAGUACUUUCUCUUAUGUAAAUAGCAGUUUAAAUACGAAAAUUUUGAAUUUCUAUUUAUGUGGGAAUAUUGCAAAUUAUACAAGAGAACACCCAAUUUUUUACUGUAAUGAGAUAAGAAGUUAAAACAACAGGUGCAGUGUAAUAUUAUGCAAUUUUGUUGCAUCGCUGGCCUAUUACCAAGCAACUGUACUACUUUUAUUUAAUUGAAAAUUUAUUAUUUAAACAAUACACAAUUUUCUUCAUAACCAGUUAUCGAAAACGAGGUUGGCGUUUGGCAAUGCCGACCUAAAUGCGGACCUAUCAACCUCCCAGGUCGGCAAAUUUUUUGCCGACGUUAAUUCAGCCAAAGUAAGAUUUUUUGGUGCUGAUAGCUGUUAAAAAGUCUGAUUAUAGAAUUUGAUUCGUUGUUCGAUAACUAAACACACUUUGGUGUGAGGUUUAAAAAUUGACAGGUAUUCUAUAAUAAUUUAGGUAACACGAUGGUUUAGAAAAGCUGUCGUGUUACUGUAGUUCGCGUUUCCGUGGAAAAAGGCAUGCUUUAUAUACCGAUUUCAAUGAUUCGCUAACACGUGAUUACUAGUGUUCCAAAACAUGGAAACAGAUUUUAAGAAAUGCCGAGACGUGCCGACUGAGGUCAGAUUUAGGUCGGCAUUUUUUUGCCAAAAAAGUGUUGUAUCUCUUGGUCAUGCUACUUGUGAAGACCUGAGCAUGACUAGCUUAUUAUUUCAUACAAGAAACACUGGAUUCUGAUUGGAUAAUUGUCGCUCGUACAUGCCCAGUAUGGCCGGCCAUUCAGAACAGGCUUUUAGCCAGGACCCUGGAAGGGGGCGUCCAAUUUUGGUAUAAUGACACAUCUACUGUAGGGGGUUGGGAGUCGAAAAAAUGUUCGUCUGGAAAACCUUUGAAGUUUGGGUCUGAGACUCUCAAACAGUAUUAGACGUUUACAAUACUUUACGUCAAUAUCUGUUCAGUCUACUAAAGCUCAUUUGAGAUUUUUCAAAUACCCCUGGCUUUGUGAGAUUUGUGCCGCUGUUCAAACAGGUACACCAUUUAAUGAAUGAUAAUAUUCAAAAUUGAAGCUAUUUCGUUAUAGAUAUAUUAAUAUAUUUUGGGAACUCAUUGAGAAUAAUUUCCCUUUCCCCUGAAUUUGGCCGUCCAAAGGCGUCCAUUUUUUGCUGUAGGCCAUCCCAGGACGCCUGGCGAAAUGCCUGGUUCAGAAUGUUUUGGUCAUAUAAAUUUUGAAUAUUUUGAAUAUCCCAUAUAAAUUUUGAAUUUUUUAUCUAAAAACAAAACGAUUGCAAGUUAAAAAGGAUGUUGAAAAAUGUGAUUUAUUUAUUUAUAACAAAAAGGAGACAAAAUUACAUAGACAUUUUAGGCUUCUUAGCAAUGUUAUUUUAAAUGUUAUUUAUUUAUACAUUAUUUAUUUAUAAUGUUAUUUAUUUAUAACAAUAAGGAGACAAAAUGUCAUAGACAUUUUAGGCUUCUUAUCAGCUGGUGGUGUGCACAGUCGGCAGAAUCAUGCAUUUUGAAAACAUUUAAUAUAUUGAAUAAUGCUCAAUUUAUAUGACAAAAUGUUUCUGGGCCUUGAAUGGCUAUGACACAUUGUACAUACUAAGACUGUCUGCUUAGUUUAUAUUUUGAAAUUUGAUCAAUUCCAUUAUGUUUGUCAUAAAUGAUGAUGUGUUUCAGUGUUUACAACCAUAGGCGUACGGGAGUGGAAAAAAUAGAAACUUGAAAACGACAUUUGCCCGACUUUUGCAUUUUGCCCGACCAAUCAAAUUCCUGCUAAACUUCAGAAACUUUCGAAAAGCUAAACAUUUUUUUCCACAUUGCCCUAUUUUCUUGCAUUUUUUACUAUUAUCUUACAUAUUUCUUGUUUUUCAGUUUAUUUUCCCCACUUUUUCCCAACUUAUGUUCAAAAUUUGCCCAACUUAUCGACAUUUCAAUUUUUCUGGGGGGGGGGGAGCUGUCCCCCGCCUCGUACGCCUAUGUUUACAACAUAGCCAUAGGAAAAUUGAAUUAUAAAAAAAAACAUACACUUUAUGCAUGUGUCAGUCAACAAAAAAGGUUUUGACAAUACCAAUAAUUACAAUACUUUUUAACAAUAAGUUUAAGGUCAAUGGUUUUUGAUUCGCUAAAAUACCAUGUUUUCUUGUAUAGAAUCACUAGUUAGACAUAUUUAGUAGGGUCCUUGUUACAAAAUUCAAUUUUUUGUACAAUAUUUUUUUUGCAAUUUUUCCUAGAAACGCGAGCUGCACCAAAUAACUCCAUUCUCUUCAAGUAUGAUUCGCCGUCGCAUAUUAUCAUUGCUUUCGAUUUUAGUGGGGACUUCUCUGUUCUUGUGUUGGAAGAUAUUUCUGAGCUAUGAUCAUGGUACAGUUCUGCAAGUUCGUCAAGAGAACGCUCGUGAAGAUGUAUCAAUUUCGCUUUUAAUAAGGAUGUCCGGCGAACGAGAAGAUCACAAGAUUCGAUUUUAUUGUAACAUGCUCAAGACAGUGGUUCUCUUUUGGCCACCGUCGCUAGGUAAAAUGGUAAUUGUGCUCGAUAAGGAGUCCGAGGAGGAUCAUAGGUUUGGAGACCAACUCAGCAAACAGACCCGUGAACACUUUCCCAGCUAUACGUUUGAAAUACGCUAUGAGCCAUUACCGAAAGAUGGAACUAUCUUAGAUUUCCCUGGUCAACGAAAACCGCCUGGCUAUAAUCGCCAGUUAUGGAGCAGUUUCUUCAUUGAUCUUUACACAAAUGACGACAUCGUAGCAUGGCUAGAUACCGACUCGCCUUUCCUGUUGCCAGUCACAAUGCCAACUAUCGUGACCGAUGGAAAAGUUAGAAUACUGGGAUCUAGUUGUACGAUGGAUAUCAAAUGGGUGAAGUCUUGGGCACAAACCACCGAAAAGGCGAUAGGGUUUCCUCAGCUGGCCGAUUUUAUGACCUAUUUCCCCGUGUACAUCUAUCGUGACACUUUCACUCGUUGCAGGGAGUACAUACUCAAGAGAUUCAAUACUGACAACUUUGAAGUAGCGUUCAAGAAAUUCUACCAUACAGGAACUGGUUUCAUCUCCCCUGUCUCCGUUGUCAUAAGCUACGCCUGGUACUUCGAAAAGGAUCGAUACAGUUGGAAUUUAGAGAUUUGCGGCGAUCUCAAUACGUACAAUAAUCGAUUGCCUGAAGGUCAUAAAAUUCAACCUGAGCAUGUAAAAGAGGUCCUAACACAGCCGCAAACCGCGUACCACGGGCCUUUAGACACCGCCGACUUUUACGCAAAAGCCAUACCGAUCACUUACUGUUUGUCGCAGGCGGCCGCUGGACGAAAAGUAGCAAUGUGCGAGAAGUAUUCAUCGUCUGACAUUAACUAUUUAUUGAACAUUUUCAAUGCCGAUAUGCAUUCGUUCAGGAGAAAAGAUCCCCAUCCGUGUACUGGAAAGAACACCAAAAGCUGUUUGGAUAUUUUGGAGCGUUACAUUGAAAAAAUCGGGGCAGAAAUUAGAACAAAUUUACGAAGACUCGAAUGGGAAGAUUUCGAGAAGGUCGACACGUUUGCCCGCGAGGCGGGUCUUACCUGCCCUGCUCAUCCUGUCUAAAAGUGCUAAAUUCUUGGAAAUUUUUUAACAUCAGCAUGAUAACGAGAAUUUAACCAACAAUGGUCAUUCUGAGAAUAGUAUUUCAGAUUCAUCGUUUCGUUUAGUUCUAGUAAUCGUCAGGAUUCCUUAUUUUAAUAUUUAUUUUAUAGCGAGAAUCAAUCCAACACUCAUUUGACGUCUGUAGUUUUUACCACUGGACCACGUGUUCAAAGUAGCCAACUUAUCAUAGCUGAACUUAUCAUAGUGAUCUUAAUUCUUUAUUCUGUGAUAUAAGACUCAGUCAAAAUGGCGGGAGCUUACAGAAAGCUUUUAAUAUUAGUCUAUUUUGGUAUUAUAUAAAACAAAUAAUGAAUGUUUUUAUUCGUGCAAUGGUAAGAAUAUUUUCAUUCGGUGAAAGAUGGAAUGUUCUAUUCAACUCGGCUGUCGCCACGUUGAAUGGAACAAUCCAUCUUUCACCUCAUGAAAAUAUUCUUACCAUUGCACGAAUAAAAACAUUCAUUAUUUGUAAUAACUAAAGUUAUUUUUAGUUCAAUGGUCUCGAUGUUUUAAAUGGAAGUUUUUCUUACAACGCCAUCUUGUAUUGAAAGUUUCAAUGAUUUUUUUGGUAACUAAUUAUGGUUUACUUCUUUGAAAAUGCAAAGAAGGAGAUCUUUCUGACACAAGAGUUUUUCACUAAAAGUAUUCUAGAUAUUAUUCCAAAAACUAUAGCACUAGCUGCACCGCCUUACUCUAACUUAGCGUAUUGUAAAGAAUAAUAUAAGACUCCUUUUAAGCUUCCACUGGUUAAGAAAAGAUGGAACAUCUUCAUAACCUGUCAGCAAAAGAUGGGACAUCUUUCUGACACAAGAGUUUUCACUAAAAGUAUUCUAGAUAUUAUUCAAAAACCUAGCGCUAUAUAUCGCUGCACGCGCCGCUUUACUCUAUAUAACUUAGCGUGAUGUAAAGAAUAACAUAGAACUUUUUUAAGCUUCCACUGGUUAAGAAAAGAUGGGAC